AUGACUUACCGAACCAACUUUGAUCAAACGCCACCGUUCUCCGUCGCUCCUCCUCGGUGGUGGUCACGUCCAGUGGUGAAUUCCAAGGGACGUAAAUGCAGUUGCAAGGAUGUGGCGGCUAUCUGUGCACCUUUUUGCGGCGGCUUCUUCACCGUUGUCCUCGUGUCCUUAAUCUUUUUGUUCAUCGACAAAGCUCACAUCCACGCCAAAAUCUCCCUCCAGUCCUCCGCCGUCUCCUCCGCCACGUGGCAAGGCGAUUUUCUCGUGAAAAAUCCGAGCUCGAGGUAUUCUAUCUACUACGACGGCGAUGACGCUGCAGUGAGUCUAGGUUCUCAAAACGUCGCAGUUUUAAACAUCACUAGUAAACGUGUUUCUAGAGAUCACACGGCUUUCUCGUUGUCUUUCGUUGCUCCUGAGGAGGGAAACCGAAGCGACGUCGUUUCGGAAGAGCUUAAGAUCAAACUCGUGGCGAAGCAUAAACGUUACGUGGAUGAUGAUGAAGCUGGAUUCUUUAAUAUACGGUGCCAAAAUGUGACUCGAGGCGGUGAGAAGAUAAUAUGCGAAUCCUCGUUUACACACUUUAGGUUGUUGAUUUUAAAGAGACCAUAUAGGGAAAGGUCUGGAGGGACAAUUGAAUAUUUGAACUAG